AAAUUAAGUCGGCUCCCAUAAUGCCUUUCGUUUCCUUUCUCUCUUUUCGCCUGACGAGUCGUCGGUGAGGGCUACAUCAUGGCACCCAAGAGAAAUAACAUGGUGCCCAAUGGGCAUUUCCAUAAAGAUUGGCAGCGUUACGUGAAGACUUGGUUCAACCAGCCCAUGCGCAAGAAGCGUCGUCAUAUUAAGCGUAUCAAGAAAGCCCGUGCCAUCGCGCCUAGGCCAGUUAAGGGGAAUUUGAGGCCGAUUGUGAGAUGCCCAACAUUCCGGUACAACACCAAACAGCGCCUUGGAAAGGGAUUUUCUGUUGAAGAGCUGAAGGCUGCUGGUAUUCCCAAGCGUUACGCCAGGACAGUUGGCAUUGCCGUCGACUACCGUCGCCAUAAUAAGAGCGUCGAGUCACGUCAGCUGAACGUUCAGCGCCUGAAGGAAUACAAGUCGAAGUUGAUCCUCUUCCCCAGAAAGCAGUCUAAACCUGGCAAGCUCGAUGCUACGGCUGAGGAGAUGAAGGUGGCAACUCAGCUCAAGCAUGUCAUUAUGCCCAUCAAGAAAUCUAAGCACCAUGACAAGUCACGUGUGCCUACAGAGGACGAGAAGAAGUACCAGGCUUAUGUGCAUCUACGUCAGGCCAAAGCACGAGCAAGGCUCUGGGGCAAGAGGGCUAAAAAGGCUAAGGAAGCUGCAGAGAGUAUGGAGGCUCAGGCACCCAAGAAAGCUUGAAUACCUAAAUAAAAAUGUUGGUGUGACAUUUUUA